CUGAGAUUUCUGAGCUUAGAAAGGAGAAUUCUGACAUCAAGCAAGGCUGAGAAUACAAAGUUAAAACAAGCCAUAGAAGAAAAUGCUGAGCUCAAGACCAGAUUCGAGGAGUUAGAAAAGAAAAAUAAAACAGACACCAGUAAUCUCAUUGCUGAAAAUGCUGAGCUCAGAGACAGUCACGAAAUUGGAACAGAAGCAGACACAAGGUGA